AUGGUAGAACAACCUCAAGUUCGACGAUUUUCACCAAUGUUUCUGGAACGUCUACGUGUUUUUGAAGAUCAUCCAACAAUAAUUCAUGGUGAAGCGCAAAAGUCUAUAGUACAGUCAAUUACGCCUAGUUAUAAAAGUGUUAGUGAAAAACAAGUGCAAAGAAUGAAUUUUGGUUCAGAUUUAAAUUUACCAGAAGCUGUGGGUGAUUAUAAGGUGAAAGAAACGCAAGAUCAUUUCAAACUGCAAAUUAUCGAUCCAAAAAUUACCUCAAAUGCAUCGAUGCCAGCGCGUAAUCGAGAAAUUCCACGAAUCCAACGGCGAAAUUUAGAUUUUCCAAGCGAACAUAGUAAACGAUCAUUCCUAAAAUUGGAACCAAUGCAACAAAGAAAAUUACGGGCUGUUGAAACACGACCUAUCACAACUAGUGCAUACUUAACAGAAAGCCUAGAUCGACAUCGUGAUAUGGAAGCAUCACGAUUAAAGGAUUACUUAAAAGCACGUGAAAAUGAUGCUAAUAAACCAUGGGAUAAGCCUCAAUGGCCUGAAAAAAAGGCUACAAAUGCAAAUGAUCAAUCGCUUAAAGAACUUGCUGAAAUUAAAAAGGUACGUUAG